AGCACCCGCAGAGCCUGGUCAGCGGCGGGUUCCGAUCCAGACCUCGAGCACUUCCUGCGCGCUCGCAGAGGAUGCUGAGGCUGCCAGGCCGCGCUGGGAAGCCAGAUUCUCAUGGAGAACUGUUGUUGAAGAGAAGUCUAUUUGGUGGAAUGUAAUAAAAAAAUGAAUCAAGAUAAAACUUCUAAAUGCAAGUUCCAGAAAAAUCACAACAUAUCUCAGUGAAUUUGCAAGUGGAUUGUCUUCCUUGUGGGUUGGCAAGCAGUUGUAGGACUGCAAAAUGGGUCUCCGGAUUCACUUUGUUGUUGACCCACAUGGUUGGUGCUGCAUGGCUUUGAUUGUCUUUGUCUGGUUAUACAAUAUUGUUUUAAUUCCCAAAAUUGUUCUCUUUCCUCACUAUGAAGAAGGACAUAUUCCAGGCAUAUUAAUAAUAAUAUUCUAUGGCAUUUCCAUAUUUUGUCUGGUCGCCUUAGUGAGGGCCUCAAUAACUGACCCAGGACGACUCCCUGAAAACCCUAAGAUCCCACAUGGAGAAAGGGAGUUCUGGGAGUUAUGUAACAAGUGUAACUUGAUGAGACCAAAGCGUUCCCAUCACUGCAGCCGGUGUGGCCACUGUGUGAGGAGAAUGGAUCAUCACUGUCCAUGGAUAAACAAUUGUGUUGGUGAAGAUAAUCAUUGGCUUUUUCUGCAGUUGUGUUUCUACACUGAACUUCUUACUUGCUACGCACUGAUGUUUUCUUUCUGCCACUAUUACUACUUUCUUCCACUAAAAAAGCGUAAUUUGGACCUCUUUGUUGUUAGACAUGAAUUGGCCAUAAUGAGACUAGCUGCCUUUAUGGGCAUUACUAUGUUAGUUGGAAUAUCUGGACUCUUUUAUACUCAACUAAUUGGCAUCAUCACAGAUACAACAUCUAUUGAAAAGAUGUCAAACUGUUGUGAAGAAAUAUCGAGGCCUCGAAAGCCAUGGCAGCAGACCUUCUCAGAAGUUUUUGGCACUCGUUGGAAGAUCCUGUGGUUCAUUCCUUUCAGGCAGAGGCAACCACUGCGAGUUCCCUACCACUUUGCCAAUCACGUCUAAACAGAUGGAUGGUGGGCACAGAUGGGUCCUCCAUGCUGGAAAUGCGUUACAGGUUUUAUGAUAAUAGAACUAUGACAGUCUUCAAGUCAAUUAAAAUCCACCCUCCAAUCUUAGGAUCAUAAUGUGCCCCAGGCUUUAUUUUAACAGUGAUCUUGAUCCUGUUGUGGUACUAAUACAAGAUCUAUAUUUAAGUUUAAAAGCAUGUUUACUUUCAAAUUAGCUUCCACCAGGAUUUCUUUAAAUGAUUUUCUAUUAACCGUAAAAGGCAAUGAUUGGGAUGAAAUCAUUGUACAUAAAUUUCUUUUAGUACUGACAGUGUUACAGAUUUUAAUUUAUGGAAAAUAUCAGAUGUUCAUUUAAAAAAAUUAAGCAGUACUAACCAAAAUCUGAGAAUCAGUUCUUCAGAUUUUACAAAAUACCUUUUUAUGUGUAAAUUUCCUUUUUCAAAUACAAGGUAUUUGAAAUACUACUUCCUUUUAUAUGUGCUGAUUUUUUUUUAAUGCAGCAGAGAAGUGCCCAACAACAAAGGGCAGUGUUUUCUUAGGAGUAGCUUUCCAGUGUUUCUCCUUUUCUUUCCAACAAAACCAAAAUAAAAAUACCACUCAAGUAAAUCACCAACUACCUAUGUUACUGUAAGGAAAGAUUAAUUUCUCUCACAUCAGUUUUCCUUUUCUCUUCCCUUUACUAUUGUAAUAUUUGUUCCCAGGAGAAAAUUUGUGAGCAGUGGGCAUGUAUUCCUAUUUUACCUAAGAUUUAAUGAGCAAAGAGGGUAGAAUAUCUGCAAUAAUUCUAGUUCAGUUAUAUUAGAAUGAAUAUGUUUUUAAAAUGCUAGUAUUACUAAAUAAUAUGUGAUGUACAGCAUAAAGAAGAAUAUUGUGCUUUUAAAAAUGUAUAUACUUUUUACUUUUGUCUACUAGUAAAUCUAAAAUUAUGCACUGAAGGUUUAUAUAUAACAGAAACUGGCCAACUCAUAUUGAAGUUUUAUUAAUAGAAAGUUACUAGUAAAAGUAAGUGACUAAUUUUCAGGUUUUGAAAACUCAAACUGAAGUUAAAUUUCUAUUCAGCUAUAAUUCUCAUUGUGAUAGAGACCUUUUAUUAGAAGCUGAUGUUAGAAAAUGACCUUAACCUAAGGAAAUAUUAUUAUCUAUCUCAUUAGCCUUACACAGAUUUAAAUUGCUGACAGUGAUGGUCUCUUGGAAAGUAUAUAGAACACUUGUGUGAAAAGACAUUUAGGUGUGCUUUGGAAAAAUACCAGAUUUUAAUUUUUUUCAUUAGAAUACUGCAAACCCAUAUAUGUUGUAAAAUUUUAUGUACAUUCCAUCUUUACCCUGAAAAGAAGAUUGAGUCUAUUGUUCUUGAACUAUAUUCAUAAUUUUAUUGUAUUUUUGAAAGUAAGGAAUCAUACCUGGAAAAAUAAUGAGUCGAAUCUUAUUGUUGUCAACUAAUUAUACUAUGGCUAGUUUUUGCAGAAACUAUAAAUAUCCUACAAAAAAACUCUAAAAUACUAGACUAAGUUCACAAAUAUUAAUACCAAGCUUUCAGAUCUUAAUUAUGUUUUAUUAUUUGAAAACAGAUUUACAGAUGAAAGUAUUUAUUUGUGCUGAUAAGUUGCACAGUGUCUAAUAUAAGAAAUAUAUUUAUAAAGUUUAAUGAAAUGCAAAAUCAAUAUGUGUCUUUUAGGCAACAGAGUUGAAUUUUGGGUAAACUAAAUGACCAAAUUUGACCAGUGACAGAACUAUUAAAAUUUAGCAAUGUAUAUAUAAUGUAGGUAGAUGUAAAUUGAUGGUCUUAUGUUAUAUACUUCGUUUCAUACAAGAACCUGAGAAGAAUAGUAGAGCCAAGUACAGACCUCAAAAAGAGCUUUAUGGACAUAUUUAUAUUUCUGCAGAAGUAGUAGCUACAGUGAAAAUCAGGGAGGUCGCUUUCUCAUUGUGAGAAUUUGUGUUCAUUUUUUUUUUCUUUUUUUAGAUUUAACUCUUCUAGGACAGUCUCAUCUUUCUCUGUAUCCUCUCUGGUCCUGAUCUCUUUGUAAGAAGUUCCUCUUAAGUUGUUGGACUACAAAUUAAUGUACUAGACAAGUCAAUCCUUAUUUUGUUUGAUUUGCAGAAAUGCUACAUAUCAACAUAGUUAUAUAAGAACCUAUGUUAAAGUAUAUAUAUAUAUAUAUAUAUACACAUAUAUAUAUAAUUUACCCAUAACCUUCAGUAUUCUCAAGUUAUUCUCAUAGCCCUAUGAUAAAUUUGUAAUUGUUAGAUUAUUGGAGAGAAGCCAAUUGACAGUUUCUUGGGGAUUAUAGUCUGGUGUUCUUUCUGCGCCCUCUUUUGGCUAAUUGAUGUAAUUAUACUGGCUCGAGAGGUUUAUUGUCUCAUUAGUAAAUUGCAUAGCCAAGGUCAGAGGUACACAAGAGUGUAUAUACAAAAGUGGAAAAUUUAUGAAAGUGAAUGUGUUACUGUUUCGGAUGCUAUUUAUACUUCAAAUGAAUGGAGUGAUUGCUUUGUUUAUGUAUAUUUUAGUGCAGUUUUUACUGUCAAUCACAACUUUAUACUAGAUCAGGAUAAAUUAAGCUAUUUCAUGUAUUUUACUUUAAACCUUGCUUUGACAAAUUAAAUUUUAGUAGUAGACAAAGCUAUUCCUUUUUAAAUGACCAGUUUAUUACAAAUACAGAAAUUGAUUCUACAAUAGCAAAUAAGUAUCUACUGUUUUAUUAAUUAUCUAAAAAUGUAUAUUUAAUUUUUUCCUGUCAAGUUAGAAUGAAUUUUGAAAACUGGAUCUGUUUUCCUAAAUCAACAAAGAUUAAUUAGUAAUUCUAGCUCUGUUCUUUUUGUUCUUUUUUUAACUUUCCCAGUCAGGGUAUCCCAGUAUCUUCAACAGCCCAUUUGCCAUCUAUUCAGAAUAACCAUGAAUAUAACUAAAACGGUUUAGCAUUUGAAAGUAAUUGUUAGCAGCCAGAUCACUGGUAUAAUCUGUAUAUUACUUGAAAUAUUUAUACGCUUCUCAUUUAAUUUUAGCAAAGUUAUUUUUAUUUAAUUUUUUAAUAUCUAAAACCAUUCCAUUUUAUUUAAAGUUUGUCUAUAUGGUGUUUUUACAUUAUCAAAGUCAUUUACUGGGCUUCUGGAAAUGAAAUGGUUUUACCAGGGUACAGUUAUCCUGACUGAAAAGUCAGUCAUUGUUUUCUGUAAACAAAAAAGUUCAUGAGCUCCAUGUAAGACUCAAGACCAUAGGCAAAAUCAGACUGAGCUGAGACUCCAGCCAAUAGUAGGCAUUUAGUUAGAGAUCUCCUCGUACUUUGUAAGCUAGACUCGAGUUCUUAAACAUCGUUAGCUGAUACUCCAUUACAGUAAAAAUACCAUUUUGGUUAAGAGUGCAAUUUUAAAAUAUUUGCACUUAACAUAAAAGCCAGCCAUUUAAAAUCAUAACCAACAUGUAAACCUCCUUUUCAGAAUU